AUGAACUCAAGUCACUCUCAACACGACCUUGACCUUUAUCUCCGUCACUACGACAGCGAAUACGCCAUCCAGUCCUUUCCAGUCAUCUCGUUUCUUGUCAUCCUGAUGCUGAUUGGGUUCGUGGGGAAUUCUCUCGUCUACUAUGUGUAUCUGCUGAAAUUUAAACAAAGCGCUCUCCGAUGCUAUAUUUUAGCGCUGGCAACCUAUGAUGUCGCCACAUGCAGCAUCUGUAUCCCCGUUGAAAUAGCAGAUAUAAGACACAACUACACAUUCGGACAGUAUACACUGUGUAAGUUGCUUCGAUUAAUGACAACAUUCUCGGUUAUUGCUUCAGUGAUCAUUCUGUUGGCUAUAGCUGUGGACAGGUACAAGAGAAUAUGCUGCCCGUUUGACAAGCAGACGACGCCACGUUUGGCCAUGGUCACAACCACCGUCUGUUCCAUCACGACAUUUAUAGUUUCACUUCCGGUUGCUGUUGUAAACGGUUCGAGAUCUGUGCCUACAGACGACAUUCACGUCAACGGAUCACGCUGCACUAUAUCAGACGAUUAUAUUGACACACUAUUUCCCCUUAUCUACAACGGAGGUCAGUUCAUAAUCUUCACGUCUUGUAUACUGAGUCUCUCGGUGUUGUAUGGUCUAAUAUGGCGGCGGGUUGCCAGGCAGCGGAAACGUAUGGAUAUCUUCACUGCAAACGAUCUAACCAUUGGAAGGAAGAUCAAACACAAAGCCACAGAACAAUCAAUCGCAAAAAGAGGGAAGGAGGAUAAUGGCUCGUCGCCCAGAGUUGAAACAAACAUGACGUCUUCUUAUUCAGCUGAUUCAAACAUUUCUGAAAGUACUUCUAAAAUAAUAACCACUGAAUCGUGUAAGAGCGACAACACAUGCCUGCAUGAAGGCACACCAACUCUGGGAUCACAGUCCAACAGAAGGAUCUCCACGUUUGGGAGAAGACGGUCCUCUACCUUCACACCGUCACUUAGUGACAAGAGAUCCCAGAAGACAACGACCAUGUUGUUUCUCAUCACCCUAGUAUUUGUGCUGAGCUUUCUUCCCCAUUUGGGUCUGAUGGUAACUAGAGCGGUGAACAAGAACGUCUUUGAAGAUCUUCACGGAGUGGGAUUCAUCGUGUACAAUGUGUUCCUGAGGUCGUACUUCAUUAACUCUGUCUCCAACCCAAUCCUCUACAGUUUUUGUAGUGUUCGAUUCCGACAGGAACUGAUUCAGCUUUGGGGAAGAGUGACAAUAAGGAUAAAGAAGUAAUUACCUGAAGCACUGCUCCAGAUAACAGUAACACACCAUCACGAUAUGUUCCCCUGAAC